AUGGCGCAGAAUGCUGUCAAUGCCAAGAAAGAUACCACGGACCUUGAAAACGGUAUUCAAACAGAUUCUGAAACUGAAUUUGAUUCGGGCAUCUGUUCGUGGGAUUCUGCUGAAGUUGUGACAAUUGUGCAAAAGGUCAUUGCAGAAGUGUGUGGCACUUAUUUUGUAAUAUUUGCCGGGUGUGGAUCGGUUGCAGCAAAUAAAGUUUACGGUGGCACAGUUACAUUUCCCGGCAUUUGUAUAACCUGGGGACUCAUAGUAAUGUGUAUGAUUUAUUCUGUUGGUCAUAUUUCUGGCGCUCAUUUCAAUCCCGCCAUUACAGUCACAUUUGCCAUCUUCCGUAGGUUUCCAUGGAAGCAGGUGCCCUUCUACGUAGCAGCUCAAGUGGCGGGAUCUACUCUAGCGAGUGGAACGGUUAGACUAGUAUUUGACGUAGAUAAGGACAAGUAUUUUGGGACAGUACCGGCUGGUUCAGAUAUUCAGUCUUUCGCGAUAGAAAUAAUCAUAGCAUUUCUCCAGAUGUUCGUCGUCUGUGGUGUUGCUACAGAUACUAGAGCGGUAGGAGAGCUGGCUGGAAUCGCUGUAGGAGCUAGCGUAGUUUUAAACGUCUUUGUGGCCGGGCCAAUGUCUGGAGCAUCAUUGAACCCAGCAAGAAGUCUGGGGCCAGCCAUUGUGAUGAAUGUUUACAGAGGAAUAUGGGUGUAUAUGGUGGCACCAUUUGUGGGAAGCAUAGCUGGAGGUUUUGUUUAUGGAUGGAUCAGAAUUACAGACAGGCCCCUUAUUGAAAUAGCCAAAACUGCAUCCAUGGGAAGAGGGCUACAGUGAUUUCAAUCAACCAUUUUUAUACAAGUACUGAUCUAGCUGUGCAUCAAAUAUCGAUACUAGGAGUCAUCUUAUUGAUGAAACUUCCAUGUUGUGCGAUGAGCUAGUAGUACUUUUGCAACUGUUCAUUU